AAACACCUCUUAGUUUCGUCUUGCUAAACCCUCUAGCCAUUGCUCUCACUUCUGUUCUGGGUUCUACCCUAAAUUUUCUCUCCAAUUUUCCCGGAAAAUUUAGACGACGAAUAUGAACGAGAAACUGCAAAUUUCCCUCGACAAGCUUCCCAUCAAGCGCUUGGAGGCCAUUGAGGAAAAUGGCUUCGAACGAUUUCCUUCUGAUGUGGGAUAUGACGAGAAGCGGCUUUCUCUGAUUCGCCGAAUCGAUUUCGCCUGGGCUGUGGAAAAGGACGACAACAAGAAGCAGAAGAAGAGCGCGAAGGAGAGCACAACGCCAUGGCCAUGGCAGAGCAUGGUGGAGAAUUUGCAGUUGGCUCAACAGGAGCUGAGUGUCAUUGUAGAUCUCAUCAACACCGUGGAAGCUAAUGAUGCAGUUACAGUGGCUAGCAUGACCAGGCCAAAGCCAUUACCGAAUGAAGUUCUUUCUGAUCUUGCUGUUUCUGCUGCAACUAAGUUACAAUGCUUUCGGAGUCUUGGUAAAUAUUUUAAGCAAUCUGCCAAAUCCUUGGAACAACAGAUAGCUAGAGAAGCAAGAUUUUAUGGUGCUUUGAUCAGAUUGCAGCAGAACUGGAAAGUUAAACGGCAGCGUGUCGCAGCUCCAUCAUCUGGAAAUGAAGGCUUCACCAUUGAUCUUUUUGACAAUUUAUUGUAUGAUCCAGCUUCUGUAUAUCGCUCCUCUUCUCUGUCAAUGGUUCGUGUUGAGCAUGACCCAGCUGGCAUGCUAGCAAUAAAUUUACCUUCAAAUUCAUGUCGCUCUCUUCAAUUUGGUUUUUUUGGUACUCAUUCAUGUGAUAAUACUGAAACCAAUAAUGUCAAAGUCCGAACCUCAGAUCAGCAUCACUCAAGGGAAAGUGAAAAGGAUGCAACCAGUGAUGAUGAAUGUAUUAUUAAAGAGACACAUUUACUCCUUCGUCAAGUUCAUCAAACAAUUUUUGACGAGCAGGUAUUUGAUUUGGUGAACCGUGAAGCAUUCAACCAAUCUUUUGGAGUCAAUGUGACUGGAAUAAGAGAAAACUAUUUGCAGCUUAGCGUAGGUCAAGGAAACUCUGUGUUUAUAUCACUUGUGUCAUCUGGUCAAAAUGAUCAAACAGUUGAUGGUUCAGGGAACCAGGAUUUAGAGAAUGCAAUCUUACCUUUGGACACAUUAGAUGGUGUAAAGUUACCAGAGGAGAAUUCUGAUGGAUUUACAAAGGAGUCAAGCAUUCCUGAUCGUACUAGCUGUGAAAUAUAUCUCCAACAGAUAUUUCACGAGAACGUAUUUUCAAAAGCAAAGGACAAACCUGUUUUGACUGUCCCACGUGUAUCUAGUCAACGGGCAAAGGAAGGGUCCAGUCUUCUUGGUCAUUUCUGCACAUCUUUGGCUCAUAGAAUCUUUUCGAAAAAAGUUCUCAGGGUGCUAGAAAAUAUGGUUUCUGGGGUGCCAUACCUACAGUUGCUAUCUCAUCCCACUUGGCAUUCUCGCACUUCGUCAUGGAGUCUCUUCAUGAAGAUUCCUCAAUCCAUUUUAUUUGCAGGCACCCAAACCCCUACGUCAGACUUGCGUUAUGUGAAGACCACCACCAAGUCUCAGUUCCGGACAAAGGUCGUUGUAACUGAUGAUUCCAUCACUGUAGAAGGGGAAGGUGCUCCAAGUGUUGUUGGUCUAUUCAAAGGAAACUCUCAGGAAGGUUCUUCAAUGAAAAGAUAUGAAUGUAACUUGGCUGAUCUUCCUGUGAUAAUUUUACAGCAGGUUGCAGGCCAAAUUAUUCGUUGGCUCCAUGAAGAAGCUUUGAUGGUCGGAAUAAAGGUGAAUCGAGACUUUCUCAGUUUGACAUUUGAGCUAGAUCAGGGUGAAACACUCUGUUUAACUGCACAUGUGGACCCUGAGGAUGCUCAAGGAUGCAUCUCGUGGUGGUUGAUUAUGGAAGAUGGUUUUGCAGAGGAAGUUAAACUUCAUAUGGACCUUUCAGAUGGUGUAUCUGAAUAUAGGAGGUUCUUAGGGCAUUUAUCACUGGAUGUCCUGUACUCAACCCUAAUGGACUUGGUAAGCUUGUGCACUGGGGGUUCUAGCCAGUGAUCAAUGUAUGCCUCCUUGUAUUGGCCCUUUGCUAACUUACAGCGUCUGAUAGUUUUUAUCAAGUCAGUCACAAUGCUGCUAAAUUACUUCUGUGAAUGUUACUAAUUUACACUUGUAUCUUAUUAGAAGGAUUUCAUUUUGUUGGGCUCUA